CCAGCUCCCUCCGUGUUCCCUCCCCAGAUUGCGAAGGAGGUGGCGAAACUGCUGGAGAUGAAGGCGCAGCUGGGGGGAGAUGAGGGGAAACACAAGUUUGUGCUCAAGACCCCGAAGGGCACGCGGGACUACAGCCCCAAGCAAAUGGCCAUUCGUGAGAAAGUCUUCAAUGCAAUCAUCACCUGCUUCAAGCGCCAUGGAGCAGAAGUCAUUGACACGCCGGUGUUUGAGCUGAAGGAGACGCUGACAGGGAAAUACGGUGAAGACUCGAAGCUCAUCUAUGAUCUGAAAGAUCAAGGAGGAGAGCUGCUGUCCCUGCGCUACGACCUGACAGUGCCCUUUGCUCGCUAUUUGGCAAUGAACAAGAUCACCAACAUUAAGCGCUACCACAUCGCUAAGGUCUACAGGCGAGACAACCCAGCCAUGACCAGAGGCCGCUACAGGGAGUUCUACCAGUGUGAUUUUGACAUCGCCGGACAGUUCGACCCAAUGAUUCCCGAUGCCGAGUGCCUGAAGAUCGUGCACGAGAUCCUGAGUGACCUGCAGCUCGGGGACUUUCUCGUUAAGGUCAACGAUCGGCGCAUCCUUGACGGGAUGUUUGCAGUUUGUGGUGUCUCAGACAGCAAGUUCCGAACGAUCUGCUCCAGCGUUGACAAACUGGAUAAGAUGCCGUGGGAAGAAGUGAGGAGCGAGAUGGUAGGAGAGAAGGGGCUCUCUCCCGAGGCUGCAGAUCACAUCGGGGAGUACGUCCAGCUUCGUGGUGAGCACCGUCGCUACGACGGGCUGGUGGGGAUGUUUGAUCCCAAGGGACGGAAGGUGCCCUGCGUGGGGGUCAGCAUCGGGAUCGAGCGGAUCUUCUCCAUCCUAGAGCAGAGAUUGGAGGCCUCUGAGGAAAAGAUCAGGACAACAGAGACACAGGUGCUGGUGGCCUCUGCCCAAAAGAAGCUCCUUGAAGAGCGCCUGAAACUCAUCUCUGAGCUGUGGGAUGCUGGAAUCAAGGCAGAAGUGCUGUACAAGAAGAACCCCAAGCUGCUGAAUCAGCUGCAGUACUGCGAGGACACGGGCAUCCCUCUUGUUGCCAUUGUGGGUGAGCAGGAGCUCAAGGAUGGAGUCGUCAAGCUGCGGGUCGUGGCAACCAGGGAGGAGGUCAACGUUCGCAGGGAGAACCUGGUUGAGGAGAUCAGGAUGCGAACCAGCCAGCCUUGAACCCCUUCUGGAGAUGUCUACUCGGUCGUUGGAUUCUGGCUGACAGAUUUCCUCCUGUAAAUGCCUUCGCCAGGCCACGCAGCAGCGGGUGCGGGCUCGCCUUUGAAAGCUGUAUUUAUUCUUGUCUCGUCCCCUCCCUUUCCCGGUGGGAGCAGAGAGGCUGUACCGACUCCUGGGCCGUGCCCUGGCCCUCCACCAUGUCGCUGGAAAGAUGUUUUGCAAGAGGCUCUGGCAAACGCCGGCCUCCCGCCUGCCCUCGCUGCGGUGACACGUGGAGCCCCGCGCUGUCACCAGGGCCCCCGGGGUCUUGGCUGCAGCUUCUUGUUCCCGUCGCUUUGAAUAAAGAUCCCGCCCGUCUCUGCGCUGGCUGCGAGGGAGGUGACCUUAUCCCAAGCCAGAUGUGAAGGCGCUGCUCCCGGAAACAUAAUAAAUCUGUGUCUCUCCCA